AUGGGUAAAGGUUCUUGGAGCUGGUGGAAGACUGGUCAAGAAGUAUGUGCAAAUGUCGAAGUCAACAUUGACACCGCUGAAAACAGUAAGGAUGGUAAAUUCCUUGCCGUUGAAACUCCCAAGGAGACACCCUCCUUUUGGAGUCGCACUACUACUAUUUUGGCAUCCAUCUUCAAGCCACUCAGCCCUUGGACUCACUCAACAGAAGCUGCAGUGGCAUCUGAAGUACAGUGGGACAUUCCCACUAUCGUGGUGCCUCUGCCGCAAUUGGACGAAUCUAGGGCCACGCCCAAGUUCUUUUCCAAGAGGUCUCGUAUUUUCCAACUAUUGGACAAGAUUCUUCACAAGAGCCAUGAUUCUCAUGCAGUUGUAUCGCCCAAGCUCAUAUACGAACUGGAUCGGGCCAUAAGGCUAUCAAAAGAACUCAAGCCUGAAAAGAAGGAAUUGCAACGACGUGGAUCUACCGAAGUCGUCAUGUAUGGCCUGGUCAAUAAAAAGGUCAUUCCAGCGACAGGCGUUGCUGGCUUCACUGGUCCACAUGUAUUGAUUCUGGAAGCCAUUGUUGGUGAAAUCGGCUGCACGUAUGCCCUUCAACGUGAAUUGGAAAGGCGAGCCGCCACGCCGUAUGAUUCUACUGUCCUUUCCUCUGAAUUGAAACUUUUGGACUUAUGGGAUUUGCUGAUGCCAAACUCUCCUUUGACUGAUCGAAAGACGAAACGCUGGCAGGAGAUUGGAUUUCAAGGUUGCGAUCCAGCUACAGACUUUCGAGCGAUGGGAAUGCUGGGAUUGGAUGACUUGCAUUACUAUGCUUCUCAAUAUCCAGUGUCAGCCGCCAAGGUACUCGCCAUCUCUAAUGACAAGGACCGCUGGUUUUCUUUUGCUCUCGCUGGAAUCAUGGUCUCCCAGUUCGUCUUGCACCUUGUCAAGUCGGGACAAUUGCAGCCAAUGUUCUUUUCCUUCGGUGCUGAUAUUGGCAUCUACCAUGAAAUGUAUCGCAACAUAUCAAUUAUGGAUUUCGAACGUCUGUUUGGUAUAUACAAGGCAAAUAUUGAGAAGCAAUUGGCAGAACUCCAAGACUCGAUUUUAGAUAUGGAUAUGGACACACUGCUUAAUGUCGCUCCAACUCGACCUGAUAUGUCCUCAAAGAAAUAA